AGAUACUCUCUCAAUCAACCACAGUCCCACACGAUUAUCUCCGGUAUCUUCGUUAUCUCGAAUCCCAAUGGCCAUGGAGGAUGGAAGGUUAGCUCUGAUAUCAAAACGGAAAGUAUAUUCUCGGUGCGUCUCCCACGCUUACGACGAACUUCAGAGUUUCCGUUCAUGGCUCCGGUGGAUGUGCGUUGAUCAAUCUAAUGGUUGGACUGCUUCACUCUCAUGGUUCGUCUUCGUCAUCUUCACCAUCAUCAUCCCUAGCUUUUCUCAUUUCUUCCUCGCCUGCAGCAAUUGCGAUAACCAACACGCUAGGCCUUUUGAUAGCGUUGUUCAGUUGUCUUUGAGUGGUAUCGCUACGCUUUCGUUUGUUUCGUUAUCGCAAUUCAUGAGGAUCUAUGGUCUUCGGAGGUUUUUGUUUUUUGAUAAGCUUUGUGACGAAAGUGAGAUCGUAAGGAAGGGGUAUACUGAACAACUCAAUAGAUCACUUACAAUCCUCUCCAUCUUUGUUAUCCCUUGUUUUGCUGCUGAGAGUGCAUACAAGAUCUGGUGGUACAGUUCAGGUGCCACAGACAUUCCUUUUUUGGGCAAUGUUUUAGUGAGUGACACCCUAGCAUGCAUCUUGGAACUUUGCUCAUGGCUCUACAGAACGAUCGUGUUUUUCUUGGUCUGUGUCCUCUUCCGCCUCAUCUGCUACCUUCAAAUCCUCCGUUUGCAAGAUUUUGCUCAGGUUUUCCAGGUUGACUCUGAUGUUGACUCGGUAUUGAGGGAACAUCUCAGGAUCAGAAGGCACUUGAAAAUCAUUAGUCAUCGUUAUCGUGCUUUUAUAUUGUUGGCACUCAUCAUUGUUACAGUUAGUCAGCUUGCAUCACUCCUAGAUACUACCCGCCGCACUUCAGACAUCAGCAUUUUCAAAUCUGGUGAACUUGCACUUGUUUCUUUAAGCCUGCUUGCUGGGCUUAUGAUACUGCUUCGGAGUGCUACUAGGAUCACCCACAAGGCACAAGGUGUGACGUGCCUGGCCGCCAAGUGGCACGUGUGUGCAACGAUUGAUGUCUUUGAGUCACCUGAAGCUGAUACCGAAACUCCAACUAUCGGUGUUUUCAGCAGCCAGUCUUUCCCUUGUGAAGCAUCAUCUUCCGACUAUGAUGAUGUUGGUAGCGAAGAAGACGAGUUGGACAACACGAAACUCAUACCAGCUUAUGCUUACAGCACAAUCUCUUUCCAGAAAAGGCAAGCCUUAGUGACGUACUUCGAGAACAACAAAGCAGGGAUAACGGUGUUCGGGUUUAUGCUGGAUAGAAGUUCUAUACACACCAUAGUGACGAUAGAGAUGUCCCUCGUCUUAUGGUUACUCGGAAAGACCAUCGGUAUUUCUUGAUAAACAUAACAUGAAACCAAGAAAAUCGACAUAACCGCAAAAAAUGCAACAACUCGGUCAGUGUCACAUCGAUCAAUCACAUCAAGAGAGCCUCCUUUUGUAUCCAAACAUCUUUUUUUCUGACAAGGGCUGCCUACGAUCACGUAGAACACUGCGAAACGCUACACAAGAUCAUGCAUCGCGGGGUUGAAAAGAGGUCGGAAAGAGGGAAGGAAGCCGGAAAACGAGCUUUCAAGUAUUUCGGUUAUUAUGUUUUUCGGUUUGUUUCUUUUUUAACAUAUGGUUUGUUCCAUCAUUCCUUUUUCUUGUACUAUUUGUUGUGUUUGUUUUAGGGGAUAAAACUGGAAUGUAAGCGACAAGAACUGAUUGCAGUUUGUGAUGCUUGUGUGAUUGCUCCAUUUCGAUUGUAUAAAUGAACCUUUGUU